AUGUUUCUUUCCCCUGGUCACUCUCCACGGCAGAUAUCUUCUCCGUCGCCGUCUACUUAUUCCGACGAUGGUCUCCGAUCGACAACUCGGAGUUCCUCAUCCAAGAUCACACCUCGGAACCCUAGAAAGCGGAUGAGAGUCCUCGACGAGGACGCGUACGUCGAAGCGAUCGAGAAGAUCAUCGAGCGCGAUUACUUUCCUGAUAUAUCGAAGCUCAGGGACCGGCUCGAUUGGAUCCAGGCGGUGAAAACCCGCGACCCGAUUCAAAUCCGAGAUGCCCAGCUGAAGAUCAUCGAGAGGCGUGGAAAGAAGGCCAAUCCUCAUCUCGGUGACACGGUGGGUAAAACUCAAACCCCUGGAUCUACUUUUCUGAGAAAUUUCACUCCUUUAGAUGAAUUCGAUGGUAAAACCCCUAGAACUCCUGGAGUAUCCGUUAGAGAACAGUUACAUAGCGGUGACGUAGGUGGUGAUGGAGAUAUAGAUGUUGAUAUGUCCUUAGAUGAGUUCUUUAGGAGAUACACAAGUGAGGAUAACGAUAGCUUUUCAAAGAUCCUGGAGAAAGUAAAUAGGAAGAAGAAGGAGAAGUACGCCCAUCUCCUUGAAGGUGAGAAGGAGAGUAAUCUGAUUGAGGAUGCGAAGAGAGACAGGAUCACAGAUGGGUAUGGAACUUCUGAUCAGCCUCCAAGCACUUUAGAUGGAUGGAAAUACACAGCGAAGAAUCUUCUCAUGUAUCAUCCAGCUGAUCGUGGUGAAGCACCGUUAACUGAAGAGGAAAGGGCAGUGAGAUUACUUGGAUUGACAAAGGAGAUUUGUGAAGGGAACACUCGUUUCCAUGGGAAGACGAUGGAUACUAGGCCAAGAGAAGAUGGUUCACUCGAGAUUCUCUACACUCCAAUCGCAGGUGCUUCCCCAAUGAUCUCAGGUAGGGACAGAGAUAAGUCUAAGAGGUAUGAUCUUGACGAUCUGAGGAAGACGCCGAAUCCUUUCUAUGUGGAAUCAGAGAAAAGAGCAGAUAAUGGUUAUAGCUUUGUGAGAACGCCAUCUCCUGCACCUGGUCUUGAUGAAUCUCCGUUUAUAACAUGGGGUGAGAUUGAUGGGACACCAAUGCGAUUAGAUCCCGAGGAUACACCUCUCGAUAUUGGUGGUAGUGCUGAUGGACCGCACUACAACAUUCCAUCUGCACCUCCGAGAGACGUGAGGGCACAUUCUUUGUCGAGGGAUGCGUCGCGGAAACUGAGAGAGAGAUCGAACAGUAUGUUUAAGAAACCUCCGUUGCCAUCUCCUCAUCGAAGUGGAAGUGCCAGUCCGAAUGUUAGGACGCUUUCACCUGCUGCUCAGAAGUUUUACAGACGUGCAAUAGCGAAGUCUUCUUCUACUGUUGAUGAGAGCCUUCGUGCGAGUUACCGUGGAGCGAGUCCUGGUGCUCUGACUCCUAAGAGUGUAAGAAGUGUAUCCAGAUUUGGCAAAGAUGGGACCACCUCGGAAAGGUCGCCUUGA